AUGUGCCUCUUCUUCGACCCCGCUGCCAAUACCGCCUUGUUCAAAGUCGAAGCUCCCGUUAGCCUGCUCAACCAGGAAGCCCUCGUGCCCCCGACGAGUUCACGGCGCACGCAGCUUGCUUUCACUCGCCACGCCGGAUACCAACGCCACGUCCAGCUCAAGGUCUCCCUCUACGUCUACCCCGAGCAGAUCACCUCGCUAGCCUCCUGCCGACUCCCCAGGCUCCCCGACCGCCUUGUUCCGGUUUACACACACCUGUCAGACAGAGAGACACUCUCACUCAAGCUGACAAUCUCCUCCCCCCCGACCCUGAUUAUUCCCAAUUUGACUGAUCGCCUCAUCCCUCACACGCGGUCUGAUCUUGCCACCCUCACCGCAUUCCAGCGCGUCGCCGGCGCGACGACCUCUACCCUCACGCUCACGCUCUAUAUCCCCGGCACCGCCCUCACAGACGCACAGGCGUCGUCUAUUUGCACAGGCGUGACGCAGUCCACGACUGUGGCCACCGCGCACACGAAACUUGAUAGGGUGUUUGCAGGGCGGGGCGUCAGAGCAGUCCCGCUGGACAAGGUCGCGGAUAUUGUGGACCAGAGCUCCCCUACGACGAGUCCUAGUACACAUGCCAGCCCACCGGCCUAUGAAGGGUCUGAGUCGGGCAAGGCGCCGCCGGUAUAUGAUGGUGGAGCAACCGCAGACGUCUCGGCGGGGCAAGAGGAGAUAUGGUCACAGAUCCAGGUCCUACAGCGGCUGCUGAAAGAUGCGAACAGCAAGAUCCCCCGGCUGGAGUGCCUGACCGCCGAGGCUGACACGAAGGACGCAACCCUACGCGCGCGUCUGACCGAGGCCGACGCUAAAGUUGUCGAGUUGAUCGAGGCUACUGCGCAGUACGAGUGCGAAGCAUCGGAGGGUCUGGACGCGUACAUCGACCACAGGAUGGAGGAGCUCUCUCGGGGUUGA